UUUAUGUCACUUGUAUCGGGUUAUACAAUAGACUUGUGGUCACAAGGAAAAAUUUACAAAACUUAUACACCAGCGUUUCUUUUUAUGCUCGUAUUCAUUGUUAUUGACUUGAUUUGCUGCAGAAAAUUAAAGUUGCCACUAGUGAAAUCGCCAAGCAUAUUAAAAGAUGUAUAUACAAUUUUGAAAUUAAUACCAAUUAUUAUCUUCCUAUGUACCGCUGUUAUUGUUGGCAUUCUUGAGAGUCUUAUGAUGAACUUUUUAUUUUGGUAUAUGGAGGAUCUCGCUACGGAGACUGGUUAUAUGAGUCAAAUUAAAUUAAUAGAAGGUCUGACGAUAUGUGCAGGUUUUCUGGGCAGUAAAGUAAUAUUCUUCUUUAUAUCUGGCAACAUAUUGAAAAAGUUGGGUUACGGUUAUACGCUUACAAUUUGUUUUUUAUCCUACGCACUGAGGAUGGGAUUACUAUCCUUAGUGCCAACGCCAUGGUAUGUAAUUCUGGUGGAAGGUACUUUGCAGGGACCAGCGUUUGCGCUUCUCUAUGCAACAAUAGUGACGUACGCGAGCGUAAUAUCACCGCCCGGCACAUCGGCUACCGUUCAAGCGAUUGCGGCUGGGAUGAAGGAGGGUCUCGGAUACAUGAUUGGUAGUUUCUUAGCUGGUUUCUUAUUCGAAAAGAUUGGUAGUAGAAUGACAUUCAGAACGUAUUCAGGACUCGGAGCACUUGCUGCGUUAAUGUAUUUUAUACUUUAUGUUUCAUACCUAAAACACACAACAGUACACACAACAGACACACGACAUAAUGUUGAAUGGAGAAAACCUGAUGACGCGCGAAGACAAUGUGAUGUAGAUGAAAUGUAAUUCGUUACAAAUAAUAAUACAUUCUAAUACACUUUAUCAUAUCGUAUGACAAUACCUGUAUAUUCAGUUGAACAGUAGUGAGUAAUAAAGUGCGUAUUCGGUUA